GAACGUCAAGCCCUCUUUUCUCUCCUCUUGACGUCCGGCCCUGGGCCACGACGCCGCGGCCUCCACAGGGCCAAGGGAUCCGCAAUAUUUAACGAAAGCGACGGCACAUAGCGGUUUCCCUCGCGUGCGCGAACGACCACCAGCAAACUCUGGCACCACCAGUUGUGUGUUGUUUCAAUUCUGUUACACUUUUUCUAUAUUUUUCGUAAGAACGCGCGCGCGCGCGCGCUCACGCGCAUUCGUCAGUUCCUGUUUGUUCACUUGUUUCUCUUGUUCAGUUCGUUCGUUCGUUCGUUCACUCGUUCAUUCGUUUGUUCGCACGUUUGUUCGUUCGUUCGUUCGUUCGCUGCUUGAUCGCAACCCCCCUUCAACCCUGAACACUGACUUUACUCUCAUUUCGCGCUAUUCUUUCUCUUCCUCGUCCUCAUCCUCCAACUCCUACUCUUACUCCUCCUCCUUCUUCUUGUACAGACGCGACUAUUCUUUGUCCUAUACGCCUUUCAGUUCUUUACUUCCGUUCCAUACUACUCUUCGAACAAACUAAAACCCUACUUCGUCACCCCCCACUCUUUCGGUAAUAUUGCAGUUCGAUUCCCGAGUGAUCCCGUUUUGUUUUUUGUUCUUUUUCCUGACGAUUUUCUGUUAAUUUUUUUUCUUUUUUUGGAAAACAAGAAAGAAAGAACAAAAAAAAGGAUCGUGUGAACCAACGUAAGGAUCCUGUUCGGCACCAAAGAAGAAAAUUACUACAAUUCUGCUACUACGAUCUUCUCGUGUCACGAUUUCUCUUUCAUACACCCCAUCAUUUUUUCUGGUGUGGACACAGUGCGUUGUUUUUUUGCUUUUCUUCUUACUCGUACCAAGAACGAACGGGGGGGUUUGUUUUAAUACUUUUGGUGAUAUCACUAAGAAUCUUGUGCUACGAAUUUACGCUUAAAGAUGCUAUCAAUCUGUUCAACGUGACACCGACGGAAAGAAAUUCGUUUAAGUUUAUCUUGCCAAUCUGUCAGAACAGUGAUCUUCAGUUAAAGUUUUACUCAAAAAUCAAAAUACAAAUUUAACUAAACAAACUAAAGAGUUUUCGCCAUGUUUUUUUCUUUUUACAAAUUAAAGAUCAAUGUUUUCCGAUAAAGUGUUCAUAAGUUUGAGAGACAAUCUUUGAACUAAACAAAUGAAUUUUCGCAUUUUCUUUUUUCUUUUUAUAAAUUAAAAACAAAUUAUUCUCAAAAAGUGUUCACAAUUUUAGACAUUCGUUGAAUUGUCGAUUUUUUGUUUCUUUUUACAAAUUAAGAGACCAAUUUUUCAUUACAAAGUGUUCGUAGUUUAAAGUCAGUCUUUGAACUCAAACCGGAAAGGCUAAAGUUCUUCUUCUUUUACUUGGAGAGUUUCUCUUGGUGAUUUAUCGAAAGGAUAAAUUCGCGUCGAUCGGUUCACGUAUAGUAGUUCUUCUUCUGUUUCUGUCUUUCUGUCUUUUCUUUCUCUCUCUCUCUCUCUCUCUCUCUUUCUCUCUCUCUCUCUCUUUGCAACGACGACGACACACGAUCGGAGCGCGUCGGACAACAGCAUCAACGGCACGGCAACAGAACCGGCGGAAUCCACCGUCGUCGCGUUUCCAGCUGGUUAACCGAGCUCAGGUAGGUAAGAACGCAUCGGAAGAGAAGCCGACGAUCAUUAAAAUUUCUCAAAGACCGAAGAAAGGGGGCUGCUUUUACGCCGGGGAAUGACAGAGAGAAUCCAGGACGAAGUGUGACACGGAACGAAGAAUGUAUUGGUGGAGACAACGCUGGGUCAUGGCGAGAUGCUGAAGGAAGUCGGUUGCGGAAGUAGUACUCCCCCUGCUGGGGAUGGUGCCGUGAACAGCAACCGUCCGGUUGGCACGGCGGAGAGCAACAAUUCAGAAAGCACCCUUGGCUGCGGUGGGUGCGGAAGGGAGAUAGCUGAACGUUGGUACCUAAAGGCUGCCGAUCGUGCCUGGCACUGCGGUUGUCUUCGUUGCUGUCACUGCCGGAUGCCUCUAGCCGGCGAACGCACUUGUUUCGCUAGGGACGGCAACAUUUACUGCAAAGAGGAUUACUACAGAUUAUUUGCGGUAUCGAGAUGUUCCCGAUGCCGUGCUGGGAUCUUUCCAUCGGAACUGGUGAUGAGAGCACGGGACCUGGUCUACCAUGUUGCCUGCUUUACUUGCGCUUCCUGCGGUAUACCAUUGAACAAAGGCGAUCAUUUUGGCCAGAGAGACGGCUUGGUAUAUUGUAGACCGCACUACGAGUUGCUUUGCUGCGCCGGGGAUUACGGAAGUGGCACUGGCAGCAUAGAAGACAUCGGUUCGCCUGGAGUAUCACCGCUUCCGGCUUAUUACAGCACCGCCGAACAGAGUCCAAUUGCGUCCUCCGGAACUGUACAAAAGGGAAGACCAAGGAAGAGGAAACUUUCCGAAGUCACCGGAUCCGAGCUUCCUGUAACGAUGAGGCUGGCCGCCGGAGCGCUGGAAUUACUACAUCCGACCGAAUUAUCAUCGUCGAUGGAAUCGCUAGCAGCGUACGACGCAUCCGUAGGCUCACCUGGACCCGUACAUCAGAGCCAAAGAACUAAACGCAUGCGUACGAGCUUCAAACAUCAUCAGCUGAGAACUAUGAAGAACUACUUCGCCAUAAAUCAAAAUCCAGAUGCUAAAGAUCUGAAACAAUUGGCACAGAAGACGGGUCUUUCGAAGAGGGUGCUUCAGGUGAGAAGGGGACGAUCGCGAAUUGCGGUAUGGUUCCAAAACGCACGCGCAAAAUGGCGGCGGAAUAUGAUGCGACAAGAGGGUAGCGGUGCUAGCAGUAACGUUGGUUGUCCUGGUACUCCUGUGUCAUCGAGUACGGCAGGUUCACCUAACGUCGCACCUCCCGUUAGCAUCCUAGGUGACAGUAACAGCAUGCCCUCGACCUCGAUGGAAGAGUUGCACGCCCUUCAUCAUUUGCAUUCCGGUGUAUCAUCUCAGGUCUCAUUUUCCGAUCUUUACUGACGACGGCUUGAGAUGGAGGAAGACGGUUAUAGUACCCUCUCCAGCCAUCUUGGAUGAGAAAACGCCAAGGAAGAAGAAAGAGAAAAAAAAGAAGAAGAAGAAAAGGACUUCUAUUUUUUACUUCAUUUUUUUUUUUAUUUAACAUCGAAGGACAUUCAUGUCAAAUUAGUGAAAACUCUUGACGAUAACGAUUAUCAUCAUCAUCAUCAAGGAUUAUUCGUGAAAAUCCUUUUAUUAUUUAUCAUAUUUUUCAUCAACUA